CCUCAGAGACCAUCAUCCUGCUUAGAAACCAGGGUGGGUCCCUGCAGGAGGGAUAAAAGAAGGAUAGAGAUGGGGGAGCCCAUGUUUACACCCAAGACUUUUCAACUGGAAAGAGUCAAGGUUUGAAGCUGGAAGCCCUGGAAAGCCUCGCCCCCUUCUCUGGCCAGGCCUAGUCCCCACCCCAAGGUCCCUCCCCUCCCCUCAGAGCUGGCCCUGGCUGGCUAGGGCAGGAGAGGAGCCAGACAGCUGUUGGCAGGGGGUGGGGUUAAGCCCUUUGCUCCGCCCUCUCCUAGCUGAGCAGCCGGGAGCUUUGGCCUCAAGCUGCUUGAGACUCCCUCCUGUCUCAGCCUUAGUCCUCCUGGGGAAUCUCUGGUACACCCACUCCUGACAUGGCAGGAAAAGUCCAUAGGCUGAGCGCUGAGGAGAGAGACCAGCUGCUCCCCAACCUUCGGGCCGUGGGCUGGAAUGAACUCGAGGGCCGAGAUGCCAUCUUCAAGCAGUUCCACUUCAAGGAUUUCAACCGGGCCUUUGGGUUUAUGACCAGAGUCGCCCUGCAGGCUGAAAAACUGGAUCAUCACCCUGAAUGGUUCAACGUGUACAACAAGGUCCACAUCACCCUGAGUACCCAUGAGUGUGCAGGCCUGUCUGAGAGGGAUAUUAACCUGGCCAGUUUCAUUGAACAAGUGGCCGUGUCUCUGGCUUAGACCUUCUCCCUGUCCCUUCCUCCACCGUCCCUAACAUUGGUUGCACUGAGGAUGGGGGGAAGGGCAGGGGGGGACACAGGAAACCCUAGACAACGAAUGGAUAAGACUCAGUGGUUGUAGGAGAUGGGUGGGGAAUGGACACGGGGGCAAUAUGUGCAAUGUGCAAUAUUCCCUUGUUCUCAGCCCCAGACCCUGUCAUCUUUGUCCCCUCCCUAGCCUUGCCCUAUGCUGUGUGCAGAAAUCGUGUCAAGUCCAAUGGAAAGCAGCUAGAUAGUUGGGUCCAGAGGCAACCAAGUUUCUUCCUUUCUCAUAUCCCAUGAGUGCAACAGUGAAGCUGCUUGGCCUGUUUAACAUUUCACCAUAAGCUACUGGAGUAUAACUAGGAGUCAGCUAACAGUGUCCAAUCCACUAACAUGGAGAGGGGACCCAAUUGGAAUAGACAAACGUGCCCUCAUGCCUCAAAUAAAAGCUACCUGUAAUGUG